UAUGAGGAGCUGCAGCGGUCUGCCGGCCGGCAUGGGGAUGACCUCCGCACCACCAAGAUGGAGAUCUCCGAGCUGAACUGCGUGAUGCAGAGACUGCGCUCUGAGAUUGAUAACCUGAAGAAGCAGUGCGCCACGCUCCAGAACGCCAUCACCGAUGCCGAGCAGUGUGGGGAGCUGGCCCUCAAGGACGCCAAGCACAAGCUGGCCGAGCUGGAGGACGCCCUGCAGAAGGCCAAGCAGGACAUGGCCCGGCAGCUGCGCGAGUACCAGGAGCUCAUGAACGUCAAGCUGGCCCUGGACAUCGAGAUCGCCACCUACCGCAAGCUGCUGGAGGGCGAGGAGUGCAGACUCACUGGGGAAGGCGUCGGACCCGUGAACAUCUCCGUGGUCUCCUCCAGCGGGGGCACAGGCUACAGCUCAGGUGGUGGCCUCUGCCUGGCCGGAGGCAGCGGCUACAGCUGCAGCCUGGGCUACGGCUCCGGGGGUGGCUUCAGUUCCACCAGCAGCCGCAGCAUGGGCGGCAGCAGCUCCAGCGUGCGCAUCAUCUCCAAGACGUCGUCCACCAAGAAGAGUUACAGGAGCUAA